UGUAGUCCCUCGAGAGAGAAAUGGUUUUCUUCAUCUUCUGUAGCAAUAAAAAUCAUUUUUCAACCUCCAAUAAAAAUCAUGAUUUCUCUUAGUUUAAAUUGUCUGUUAAUCAAGCCUUCUCCACUAUCUCAACAUAAUCAUCUUAAAUUACUAACAAAUUUGAAUCCAAAACUCAACAAUAAUAAUCAGAGAAGAAGAAAAAGUUUCAGAUGCAGGGCAAAUUUUUCAGUAGAUGCACCAUUUGCUAUAGUAAUUGGAGCUUCUAUACUUAAUUCACUGGUCUUUCCUAUACCUAAUGUACCAAAUGAAGAAGAUGAUGAAGAAGAAGAAGAUUCAACAAUUACUAAUACUGAUUCUAGGUUUGCAGUUAUGGGUAUCAUCAGCUUUGUUCCUUACUUCAAUUGGCUGAUUUGGGUUUUCGCUUUGUUGGAUACUGGUGAUCGGCGCUAUGCGGUGUACUCAAUUGUGUAUUUGGCUCCUUAUAUUAGGACAAACUUAUCGCUGUCAACAGAUGAAAGUUGGCUUCCUAUUGCCAGUAUCAUCUUGUGCAUAAUUCACAUUCAGCUUGAAGCAAGCAUACGCAAUGGAGAUUUACAAGGUUUCCAGCUCUUCAGUGGAUUAGCUAAAAAGAAAGGUGUUCAUCUGAAAGGUCGUGCUACCAAUCCUAAGAAGGGAAAGAUAAAAGAGAAUAUAAAGCUACCUUCAGCACAAAAUCGAUUAAGAGAUGAGGUUCAAGGAUGGGGAGAAGUUUUUGAAAAGCCAUUGGACGAUCCAGAAUCUUUAAGUGAAGGAGGCGUACAAGAUAAAAGGAAAGAUUAAAAUUCGCCGAUUUAUUAUGUAAAAAAACUUGCGUUAGCAUUCUUCAGCGGGUAUUAAGGGAGUCAAAGACGUCAAAAGAAUACUAGAGUUCUUCAAUAUUGUUUUAGUAAGAGAGUCUUAAUUUCUGCGAUGCGUGUGUGAAACCAUAGACUAUUAUUUAAUAUAGCCUCAUGUGAGUUCUUUCUA